GCCCCUACCGAACUUUAUUACCUCCCACAAUUCAGGAACUACAUAACCCAUCUGUGUGUAUUGAUGUAAAAGAACGCGCUAGAGGAGCCCCGCGUCCCAUUGCUUUAAAUACCACACACCAUGUAGUAACGGCUACAGAGCACACAAAAACAAAAUGAUGAUGCUUACCACAACUACGUAAUUCACCUACUAUAACCUGAGCUUUUUAUUUUCAAAACUAAACACGUAACACCAACGUGGCUCUGUGUACAGCAUCCACUUCACUGCUGGAAAUUUGCCAGUCCUACCGUCGUCUCCCAAGUAACGAGUUCACGCUUCCGGUCAGUGAGGAAGGACACGAUUGGUUGCUGUUCCGGAAGCGGCUGCUCAGCUGAGUAGUGAGACACGUGACACUAUUACAAUGAGUUUAGCACCUCCCAAGCAAGAGCCUCAUUCUUCUCAUUGGGGAAAGAGUCCCAUGUUUCUACACCCUCAAGAAGCUGACUUGUACAUACAAGGCUUUGUCUAUCAGCCAGAGAUGUGCAGAAAAAACUGUGGUUAUUAUGGUAACCCAGCCUGGCACGGGUACUGCUCAAGAUGUUGGAUCCAUGAGAGACAGAAGAGACAGACCUCUCCAUUAACAGACGGUUUCAGGCACCAUACCGGAACUCUCUUCAUGAAAUCAGAGAGGGAAAACACCAGUGACCUAGGGCAAAAUGAAAAUACAGCUAGGGUGGUGACCAUCAACACAGACACCAUGUAUGCACAACAUUCCCAGUCUUCAUACAGAUACUUUCCUACAACAGAUGUGACAGCAGAUCCUAGGUGCUUCAUUCCUUGGUCCUCCCUGGAAUCUAUGGCUAAAAGAGAUUUUUCAGAUUUUCUAAAAGCUUUGCGCAGGCCAGAAGCACAGCAACUAAAUGCACAAUGCACAAAUCUAAUUCAAAGGCUGCAGAAUGCAAAGAACUUAACACCUAACACGAUGGGAGAGCAAAUACAAGACUUCUACCACAGAAUUGCAGACCAAUUUCCAGAUCACAUGACAGAGGAGCGAGGCUACUUUUUGGAUAACAUUGAAAAGCUAGUGAUGACCCGACUUUACAGAUCUGUAUUCUGUUUGGAUGGAUCAACAGAUGAACAAAAGGACCUGUUACUCCAGAGGCGUAUCAAGUCGCUGAAAUGGGUGACACCUAAGAUGCUUCAGGUGCCCUUAGAUGAAACUAUAGUAGAAGUUAAAGACUGGACUUUAUCUGCUGUUACUGCUAUGCUGGAGAUGGAUUCCAGGAGAGCCCCACAAGAUAAGCUGACCUGUGUUUCAAGGGCAAGCAACUGCCUCUUUAAAUCUAUUAGAGCUUCAAAGAAGGACCCAGCAACUGCAGACGACUUCUUGUCUUGCCUGAUCUAUAUCACGCUGAGGGCUAACCCACCCAGACUUUUCUCAAACCUGGAGUAUCUCACAAGGUUCUGCAACCCUGUGCGGCUCACCACAGGAGAAUGGGGUUAUUGCUUCACCAACCUAUGCUGUGCCGUUUCAUUCAUCGAGAAUUUAGAUGCCUCAUCUCUCAGCCUCACACAGGAAGAAUUUGAUUGUUUGAUGAAGCAGCACAAAACAGAGCUCAGCACACAGAAUUCAGUUGCUCAGCAAAGCACUUUGCAGCAGAUGCAACAUAACAAGAAGCUUUUGGCAGAGUUACAGCACCGGCAAGACAACCUGAUCCAGAGAGCUGAGGUCCUAGAAAAGGAACUGAGAGCCUGGCCUCAGUUAAUUCAUGGUGAAGUCAAGGAAAUAAUCCGCAGAUAUCCUUUGGACAUAUCACGGACUUCAAGCCAGAGUUAAAAGGCUUAAAUUAUUUCUAUUUAUCAUUUUCCAAGGAGGAAAUAUGGCGCUUCUCUCUUGCCAUCAGUUAAACAAACAGCUGCUAUACAAACUAUUUUAUGACAUGAGGUUUCUAAUGAAGGAUUUCUUAAAUAUAUUAUUAAAUAUUACCAUACAGUUGUUAUGGUGUUGUGAAAGCCACAGUGUAUUCACUUAACAUCUACCUGAGCCAUGUAUAUCCUGUAAAAUAUACCCUUUAUAAAUGGUGCUUAAUUAUGUCACUUGUUGCAUGGCCUAUUAUGUACUGAAAGAUAAUGAUUUCCCUACUCUGAAUAUAGGGAUAUUAUAAGUCA